AUGGCUGAAACGAAAAUCGAAAGUGCAACUUAUUCGACAAAGACUGUCGAACAUUCGACAUCACCAGUACUGAUUAAUAAUCCAUCUAUUCGUUCGGUACAAAAUACAAACAAUAUAGAAAUUAUGUCUGGCAUGCAACAUCAAAAUCAAAACUAUCAAUCACAAAUUCAUGAUAUUUGUAAUAGUCCAUUGAUCAAUAGGCAAGGAAUUAUUCAACGUUCAUCAUCUACUCAUAAUAUUGAUCAAUUACCUAAUCAAGCAAUUUUACCACGUCUAGAUCAAUAUCCUAUCAAUCAAGAUCCAUAUCCUGAACAUAUUCAUCGUCCUACAAAUGAACAUCUCACUUAUCAGCAAGAUAUAGCUAUUCGUUAUUUACAACCACCUAGUCCACCACCACCAGGUCCUAUUGUUGUACGUGAAAUUCGAGCACCCCUACCUCCUGAAGCUCCUCCAUUGAUUGUACGUCAACAUGCUAGUGCUCCUAUGACUCCACCUCCAAUGGUCAUUCGUGAAUGUCCACCAGUACCACCUCCAAUAGAACCACCUUCUGUUGUUAAUAAAUUUUUACCAGCACCUCCACCACUUCCACGAAGAGUAAUUAUCGAAAGACAAGCACCAUUACCUCCUAAACCACAACCUGUUAUUAUUGAAAAAUGGCUUCCUUAUAAACCACCUCCUGAACGACGUAUAGUCGUUGAACCAGCUGCACCACUCAUGCCAAGACCAAUACCAAAAAAUACAAUAAUAACAUAUGAUGCUCCACAUGUUGAUAUUGUUAAAAAUGUUCGUCAUCUUGGAGUUGUUCGUGCUGAUCCACUUCUAUAUACUGCUCAAUAUGGUCCAUGUUUACAACAAAAUGAAUAUGUUCAAAAUACAAUGGCUAAGUUUGGUCUUGGAAAUAAUUAUAGGGAAAUGAUUCAAAUGCAAACAGCACAACAUGGUCCAUGUUUAGAACAGAAUGAAUAUGUUCAAAAUACAAUGGCUAAAUUUAAUCUUGGAAAUAAUUAUAUGCAAAUGAAUCAAAUGCAAACACCACAACAUCCAGCCAUAAUGAAUAAUAAUCAAUUACAAGAUAAUUAUGCUCGUCGUAAUAGUCAACAAUCAAUGAGUAUGAUAGAACAAAGUACAUCAAAUAUACAUCAAAUGCAACAUGGAAAUCAAUAUAACUAUAUAGAAAAUCAUGCAGGAAUGAUGUUACCUAAUCAAUGUUAA